UAUCAUAUAUAAAAGAACUUUAAAGACUCCAAUUUUACAGGCAGACAUUCCACAGCUUAUUAACUGCUAUCUUCUAACUUCUUACUGCACCCCUAUUUAUUCAUUUAUUCUAUGGAGACUGUUUUUGUUUUUCUAAAAUAUAUUAAAUUCCCAAAUUUAAAUUGCCAGGAAACAGAAAAAGUGUUUUAACUUUUAAUUUAACGUGCUUCUUACCCAUUUUCAUAUUGGUGUUUAUCCUUUAUAUGUUAUCUGUGUUUAUUUGGAGUUAUUGGAGGCAGAUCUAUUUGAAAUUUUUAAACUUAUUUAAGUCUUGCAGCACAAAAUGAUAAUGCAGUCACACUUUUUUUAUAUAAAAGUCUAUCUUUAUUCAGCCCUGGCUAAACAAAAUGAUGAGAUAGAAUACAAAUUGUAGAAAUAUAAAUAACAUAUAUUAUAGAAAAAUUGCACCUGAAAUAUGAUAUCAGCCGAGGAAGAAUUUAAUGCAAUAAAGUCUGAGCUUGUAGUUUUUAAUUCUUAUCAGGACAUUGAGGAACCACCUAAUGAUAGAAGUACUUUGCAUGAGGGUUUAAACUUGUUAAUUGACAUGGAGACUAUAAAACAGGAAACGAAUUUUUGUAUCGACAAAAUAGAACCAACUACUGAUAUAUUGGAAAAUGAUCUUGGAAAUAUUGAUUCAAAAGCCAAUAUUUCACCAAUCAUUUUUUCGGCCGAAUCAACAUCAGGAGACUGUAGCAUUUCACAGGCUACAGUAGACAAUAAUUCCUUAUUAGAGAAAAAAUCUGAAGAAGUGAUAUUUAAAUGCCAGAUUUGUGAUUUUUUUAGUAAAACUAGGUUCGCUCUAAAGAGGCACAUGUCUACACAUUCAGAUGCUAUGUUUAAUUGUUGUCAUUGUUCUUUUAAAUCUAGGAUUCGAUUUGCAUUGAAAAGGCAUCUGCUUCUUGUUCAUAACAAAUCGGACACUGCUAAAAAAACUCCACUGACCAAUAAUCAAGUAUUCUGUUGCUCAAAAUGUAAGUUUGAAACUCAGAAGAAACUAUUGUUUACUUCUCAUAUGAUGUCGCACGAAUUUCGAUUAAAUAUGAAGAUUGGUAAAGUUAAAAUCAAAAAUAACCUAGUUAAUUCAAGGGUAAAGAUUAGAGGUAAAAAUAAUGGAUUUUGCUGUGACGUUUGUUCGUAUACCAGUAAAUAUAAACACGAUGUUGACAGGCACAGACACGUUCAUACUAACAAGAGCCCACUUUACAGAUGUAGUCGGUGCGAAUUCAAAUCAACUAAACUUAUUAUGUCGAAGCAUUUAAAAUCUCAUGGAUUAGUCUUCAAAAAAUCCUCGAUUUUGCAAUGCGUCGAUUGCGAUUUCAAGUCAAUCUUAGAUAAACUAAACAUCCAUAUGAAGACAGUACAUGGUCACGAUAUAGAAUUUAGCAAUUUGACAGAAACUAUUUUUUCUUGUGAAGAUUGUUCAUAUGUCACUGAUUUUCUUACUAAUCUUCAAAGGCAUUCAGCAGUUCAUAUUAACAAAAGUUCCAUUUACAGAUGUACCGAGUGUGAGUUCAAAUCAGCUCGCGAUGCAAUGAUUUGGCAUUUCAAAUCUCAUGGAAUAGUUAAAAAUCCUUUAGAUGUACGCUGCACAGAUUGCGACUUCAAGUCGAAAGUGGGAGAAGUAACGUUUCAUAUGAAGACAGUACAUAACCACGAUAUAGAAUUUAAUAAUACAAUAACCGAUCGUCAAGAGAGUAAAAGUUUUUCUUGUAAAAAUUGUUCAUAUGUCUCUGAUUCUAUGUUACAACUUAAGAGUCAUAAAUGCGUGGAUGUUAGAAAUCCAGUUUACCGAUGUGGUGAGUGCGAGUUCAAAUCAACUAAAGUCGGUAUGGUUCCCCAUUUAAAAUCAUCUCAUGGAUUAGAAUUUGAAAAAGCAUUUUUACAAUGCACCACUUGUGAUUUUAAGUCGAAACUCGAUGAACUAACUAUUCAUGUGAAGACAGUACACGGCAAAAUUAAAAAACUUUCUUGCAAAGAUUGUUCGUACGUCACUUUAAAUAAAAGUCAUUUUCAAAGACAUAAAAAUAUCCAUAUUCAUAAAAGUCCCGUUUACAGAUGUACUCAGUGUGAGUUCAGAUUGGUUAAACAGCCAAUGAUAAGUCAUUUAAAAUCUCACGGGUUAGAAAGUUCUGAAAAAACUACAAUUUUACGAUGCACCGAUUGCGAUUUCAAGUCAAAAAUGGACGAACUAACGAUGCAUAUGAAGAGAGCACAUAACCACAAUAUAGACAUAAACAACACAAAUUGGAGAGAAAAAACAAAAUAUGCUUGUGAUAAUUGUUCCUAUGUCACUGGUAGUUCAUUGCUCCUUGAAAAGCAUACACGUGCUCACCUUAAAAACGGCUCUCUUUACAGUUGUAGCGAGUGUGAGUUCAAAUCGACAAAAGUCGCUCUAAGUUUUCAUUUAAAAUCUAGCCACGGAGUGGUAUCGGACAACUCUUUAGUGUUACAGUGUAGCAAUUGUGAUUUCAAGUCGACAUUGGACAUGCUGACAGCUCAUAUUAUGACGGUCCACGAUAACAAAACUACUGAUGAAGACAAGAAAAAAUUCGCUUGCUUUAAUUGUUCCUUUGUGGCCGAAAGUGCCUAUAACCUUACAAAACACGAACAAGAUCAUAGAAAAGAAUAUCCUCUUUAUAGAUGUAGUCGAUGCGAGUUCAAAUCAACUAAAGGUGUUCUGAUUCAUCAUCUAAAAUCUCACAAAGUAGUAUUUAAAAACUCUUCAAUUUUACGGUGCACUCUUUGCGAUUUUAAGUCAACAUUGCACAAUAUUGACGUUCAUAUCAAGACCGUACAUCCUUCCAGUACAGAGGUUAGAAAAAUGGUUGUUACAAAGAACAAGUAUUCUUGCAAAGAUUGUUCAUAUGUCACUGAUAAUUCAUGUCAUCUUGAAAGGCAUGCUGGGUUUCAUACUAAGGAAAAGCCCAUUUACAGAUGUAGUCAUUGUAAGUUUAUAUCAGUUAAAGUCACUUUGAUACCUCAUUUUAAAUCCGAUCAUGGAUUAAUAUUUGAAAAAUCGCCAAUUUUGCGAUGCGCAGGCUGCGAAUUCAAAGGGACAUCAAGCAGGCUUGAUGUCCAUAUGAAGACAGUACAUGGGGACAUUAUAAAAUCUGUUAAAUCUACAAUUAACUGUGAAAAACUCUCCUGUCCGGAUUGUUCAUAUGUCGCUCGUGAUAUAACUAAGCUUAAAAGGCACAAAAUUGUUCAUAUUAGAAAUCGUCCUCUUUACAGAUGUGGCCAGUGCGAGUUCAAAUCAACUAAAGAAUCGACCAUUUAUCAUCUAAAAUCUAAUCAUGGAGUGGCAUUUGACAAAUCUCUAGUUCUACAAUGCAUCAAUUGCGACUUUAAAGCAACUUUCGAUGCGCUUAAAGUUCAUAUGAGUGAGGUACAUGAUCGUCCAGUCGAUGAUCUUGCCAAAAAUAUAUCGACAAAAAACAGUAUGGUUGAGGAAUAUCCAAAGUUAGUUGUAAAGUUAAUACGUUUGGAAGAUAACGCUAGUCUUAAAGAGAAUUCAACUGAAAAGUCAGAAGAGUCAUUAUUCAAAUGUCAAUUUUGUUCGUAUACGUGUGACAGAUUCGGGAGGUUAAGGCUGCACAUCUCUAUGCACACUGUUUAUAACAAACCUAUUUAUAAAUGUACCGAAUGUAGUUAUAAAUCAACUCGUGAACCGUUAAGGUGGCAUAUUAAAAAGCAUCGUAAUGAUAAGAAUCAAGAAAAAGAUAAAGAAGACACUAAAAUUAAACAACUCUAUGUCUGUGAAUUGUGUGAUUACACUAUCCAUGACAAGCAACUAUUGAUUGACCAUAAAAAGAGCCACGAGAACUUUUCAUCUGAUUCAAAGACAGAUCAAGUAAAGUACAGAUGCGAAUUUUGUCGUUUUCAAACAGACAUCAAAGAAAUGUUACAUGAUCACAAAGUGGUUCACUUGAAUAUCAAUCAACUUAAAGUAUACAAAAACACAACUUACAAUGUUAAGGUGAAAAAAGGAUCGAAAACUAAGACGGCUUUUAAGUGUAGCUUGUGCGAUUUUAAGACCGAUAUGAGAAUAAAAUUGAAAAAGCACAUGGAUAGGAAGCAUAAAGGCUUUCUAGAAGAAGAAGUGGCAACGUCUAAAACGUCAAAGUUUCCAUGUCACCUUUGCUUUUAUACGUCGAAAAGUAAGCAAGCGGUUAAGAAACAUUUUCUGGCCUGCCACGUCAAAAGCACGUAAUGCGACCUAUUACAGGGUGUGGCGGUAUGGUGACACAAAGCCUAAGUAUUCAUGUUUACGAUCAGGUUAGGACACACAAGGUGGGUCAAAUUGGACGUUUUUAAACUGAAACACUCUUUUCUAUAGGAGAUAGACGAAAACUAAUACCGGUGUCUGGAGCUCAAUUUUUAUCAAAAACGUGAUGGUGAAAACCGCACAUCGAUAUCGGUUACUGUUUCGGAGUUACGGGGUGUUUUUCAAAAAUGUGCACUUUUAACAAAUCGGUGUAACUUUUUUGUCAGCGGACGCUAGCUCAACGCCGAACGCGAUGUUUUCUGCCCAGAGUUGUUAAACUACACGUAGUAAUUAAUAAACUACAUUUACUACAUGUCACAAGUAGUUUUUUAAAUGUCGAGUAGUAAAUGUGUAGUUUAUGUAACUAAUGUAGUUUUUUUAAAUAACAGUGAAAACAUAACCUAAAAACUUUGUUUGUUGAUCAAUUUAAAGAAAUAAAAAAUCUAUAUUUUGUGAAUUUGUUCCUUAUUAUCUGAUAUUUUUGAUACUUGGUAGUUAAAAAUGGUUGGAAGACGUCGAUGUCUCCAUACCUUGCUCCAUACCUUCUGGGAAGAGAAUUAUGAAGUUGUGCCUUUAGAUGUAAAAAAUCAUAUAUUCUCCUAGAGAAUAUCUAUGGAGAAUUUCUCCAUAAGAAUUUAUAGUUUAUUUUGUGUUCAAUGUUACUUUGUAUUUCAUAGAAAAUACACUUUUG